UAAUAGAUAUAAUGUAACAAGAGGAUUAUGUGUUUCACGCGAUAUGUACGUUUACGUCUGUAAAAUGAUAAAGUGAGUAAUUUUAUAGUUUUUAUUAUUGAUUUUUAUUGUUCACCGACACGUUUAUAAUGUUUGAUAUUUGAAUACGACCGUCCAUUUGUGCAAUACCGUACUUUUUUUUACUAUGAUUUUUAAAUCGUAUUAUUUUAUUGUUUCAAAUUAAUAUGUUUAUAAUUAUUGUAUCCAACGAUAAUUUAAACCCCAGCUACUUAAAACAUUAUAUUAUUAACUUAAAAAAAUAUUAGAUUUUAGGUAUACUACUCUGUAUUUGUGUUAAACAAGUGGAUUGUCAUUCUACCGGUCUUUCGGGUUGAACCAAACGAGCACUGGGUUUUGUAGAAAAAUGAGUCUUACUAUUUAAACAAAAAUUAAACGGGGUUGUUCGUACCACGAAGCGUUUUAUUUUAGAAACGGUUUACAUAAGGUACAAAUAAUACACAAUACGUUGUAUUUGUACGGCGGACGAACGGAAAUGGAUUUCACAAUACCGAGAUAUGUAGUCGCCUCUAGCGCAAAAAUGUAUACCCUGUAUUUUUGAAGGGUAAAUGUGAAUUUACUGAAAUUUUCGGUGUGCUUUUUUAUUAUUUUUUAAAAUCCAGUACCUUACCAUCUCAUUUUAAAUGAUUUUGUUUACACAGUAACAUUUAUUCAGGUAUUUUUUAAUCUUUAAGAUGUACAAUAUGGGAACAUGUCUCAUGGAAAUUAAAGUACUGUAGUGAUGUGUCAUGAUGUAAUUGCGUGUGUGAUAAAGUAUUAUAUUCAAGCGAUUUUGAGUAUUUUUAUUUCAUUAACCUUAUGUAGUUGCAAUAAUUUAUUCCCAACUUUAAAUAUAAAAAAUUUCAACAUUUAUUUAAAAAAAAAAAAACAAUAUUUCGUUGUUUAUUAUGUUAUUAUAAUUUUGUUUUGUUUCUUUAAAAAAUAGAAUUUAAUCUUCUUAUAAGUAAAAUAUUAUUUCUAAAGUUUAAGUAUUUGUGACAUAUUUUCUUUCUUUGUACUUAGGUACUUAACCAAAAUCAAUAAAUGACGUAUCAUGUAAAGAUUAAGAUAUUCUGACGAAUGGUUAAUGUAGAAUUAUACGAUACAUAAUUUGUGUAAAUACUAUUAUCAAUGUUUGAUUGUUAUUUUUUUUUUGUGGUGCGCUCUAUUGAUAUCAAUAUGUUAUAAAAUGGUGGCGCGCUCUAAUGAUUGAAUAUUAUAAUUUUGUAUAUUUCUAUUAUAAAAUCGAUGCAAAUGUAACCAUUUUUAAUGUUUAUUGUUCAGUUUGUUUUUAAAAUGCAAAGUAUUCAAAAGUGUCUACAAUUCGAGUAAAUGUAUAGUUGAAAAAAUAGCAUAUUACCUAUAUAAACAUAAUUUAUCUAUUAUUAUAUUUUCCUCGCUGCAUCUAACACUAUUUAUAAAAAAAAAAAUGUUUACAUACAGGGCGAUUUACUAAGCAUGCUCACUGAAUUUGUUUGGUUAAAUUUUAUACAUAUUCAAAUUCUGAUUUUCUGUAUUUAAAGCCGAUAUUUUUGAAUGCUUAGAUUUUUCACAAUACAUAAAAAAGUAUUCUGCGGUGAUACCAAUGUGGGUUUUCAAAGAGAACAUAUAUUAAAAAUUCCAUAAAUAGACGGAGUUUUACUUUAAAUAAAUUUCGACAUCAACAUUUUUGAUCUCCGUCAACCCGUUAACGAAAUAUUCCACUUUUAAGUUUAGGUAGGAAGAGAGUAUUGAAGAACUAAUAAAACGCUGCGUACCGUCCGCCCACAUUAAUGAUACUCCACUACUCUUCCUCUACCUAAACAUAAAAGUGAAAUAUCUCGUCAACGAGUUUACGGUAAUCAACAAUUUUAAUAUCAAAAUUUAUUCAAAGUAAUACUUUAUUUAUGUAUGGAAUAUUUAAUACAAGUUCUAAUUUAAAAAAACCAAAGUUGGUAUCACCACAGAAUACUCCUUAUGUUAUAAUGUUAUAAAAAAUCUAAGUAUUUCAAAAUAUUGGCUUUGACAAUACUUAAAAAUUUAAAAAAAUCAGAAUUUCAAUAUAUGCAAAAUUUAACCAAAAAAAAAAAAAAAUUGGGCGAUUACGCUUAGAUAAUCACUCUGUAUAUUUAUUUAUCAAGAAUCAAAACGAAGUGUAUUUUUUUAAAAUUCGAAAACUCAAAUUGUAUUUAUUAUCAUGAGAAAAUAAUAUAUUCGUAUUUAGGCUUUGUGUUAAUGAACCAAUCGCGUAAGUUGAAACGUUCCGUGGUUUGAAAAUAAAAUCCAAACGUUUGAAGUCUAAUCGAAUUCCCGUACCUGGUUUAAUUUACGUGCUUGUAAUAAAAUUAAUAUUUUAGCUUUCAUUAUCAAUCAAUUUAGUAGUUUUAAUAUACGUAAUGAGCAUAAUAAUUAUUUGAUAGGUAUACAUAAUUUUAACUAGCUUCUUAAUUAUUAUCAGCUGUAAAAUGUUUGCAGAUUAGUGAUAUAAUUAUAAUCGUCGUUUUAAGUACUUCAGUUUAAAACAACUUUGGGGUAAAGACCUUCACAUUACCAUUAAAUUUUAAUAUCAAUUCGCGAAUAGUAUAAAACAUAUACUAAAAUACUUACUCCAUCCAAAAACCGUCGAGUUGAAAACUAUUAAGAAUAAAGAAACUUACCGUUUAUUGAUUACCUUUUACGGUUAAAAAAUAUUAUUAGUAGGCAUUUUUUUUUUUUUUUUAGAAUAAUAGUAACUUAUUACCCAUCUACUUGCGUGUGACUGUUCAAUUUCGCUAGCUAAUCAUUAUUCAUGGAUAAGAUUAAUGAUUUUUAAGUUACAUUAUAGCGAGAAAGUCGUUAAAACAAAAAUUUAAUGCAGCUUAAUGUGUUAAAAUUUCAUAAUCACUGUUAAUAAUAUUAACAGUUUGUAUAGGUAUUAGGCACCCAUUCGCAAUCGGUAAAUAUACAAAUCACAAAUCCAUAUAGGUAGGUUCACCUAUUUAUUAACAUGGUCAAAUCAACAUUUAUCGUGUUUAAAUUCCAUACGACUUUUCAUGAAAAUAAUAUUUAUAUUAUGAGUUUUUGAAAUGUUUUAGAGCAUUGAUUUGCGACCUCGUCGUGAAUAAAAUGUAAUCGUUUUACUAUGUUAUUGUCUUCAGAUUUAUUUAUUGGCAAUUACAGACAGCUGAUUGUAUUUAUACUGUGGGGGGGAUUUACCCUUAACUAUCUUAAAUCAAAUAAACCGAUAAAUUACUUAAACAGGGUGAUUUUAUCGGAUCAUGAGUACAUAUAUAGAGAAUUAUAUAGAAUCGUUGUACGAAGUACGAUUUGCUUUACAAAAUGUCCAAAAUUGUACCUUUUAUUCCGUAGUUUCACGCACAGUAAAUCCUUUUAAAAUCUAAUAGAAGUAGGAUUUUAAAAGUUUUAAAAACCGUUAAAAUACAGCUUAAACAAUUCCAUUGUAAUCAAAAUUUUCCGAGAAAACUAUUGGACGGUAAUUUUUGAUGGCAAUGGUCACGUAAGGAAUUUAUUCUGUUUUAGGGGUGUUUGCAAAAAUUAAUUUGACAAUAUCUGCAAAUGUGUAAGUUUGAAAUUUCUUAGGCCAAAAGACUCCCGAAAAAUUGUACUCUAUUCAUCUGAAUACUUAAUAUUAUUUAAGACAAUCACAGUUUUUACAAAAAAAAAAAACUAUGUAAAUCAUCUUUUAAAUAUAACUAUUAUAAUAUUUUCGAAAGAGUUUUAUUUUGUUAAUAUGUAAAUUACCUAUGUUUACUUUAACCUUGGUUUUAAAUGGUAAGAAUGAAAUGGACAUUUAUGUCUAUUAUAAUAUAUACUAUAGUUGGCCCAACCCAUUGUUUGUUUGACACUUAAAAAUGUACGACAAACAGCAUGAUAAUUUCAAAUGUUGGGGCUACCUUCCUUUUCAUCAAUCACUGUAGUUCACUACCUACCUAUUCCGAUUCCGUAAUAAUGGACGUCGAUUUAUACCCUUCUUCGUGACGGUGGAAAAAAAAAUAAAAAUAAAGUGAGCCUAACGGAAUAAAAAAAAUAGUGGAAUAGAAAGCCAAAAUGCAUUAAAUAAAUAUGCUCCGGUGAGUAUUCGAUUGAAUUGACACGCCUGACGCGGUUUCUUCGAAUAUAUGACCGCUGACGGGAGACGUUACUUUUUUUGUGGCCGCCACUAUCGUCGAUCCAAAAUCGUUACCCAUAACAUCCGUUACUCCUUUAAGUUUUAUUUAAAUCUCUUUCAAUUAUCAAAGUGUGUUGUGGAAUGAGUACCUAUGUUUAGUUCGCGUUAUACUCGCCGCUUUCAAAUGUCCAUUGUUUUCGCUGAACAUUCUACAUAUAUUAUAAUAUCCACACCACACAUACACACUAUGAGUGUAAUUCUCUGUGUAAGGUUUUAGAGACAAAAUGUAGAAAUAACCGCGGGCGCAACUAGGGUAAAGUUGUUUGACGUGAUAGAAACUUAUAUUCUCGACAAUAUUGCUAUAUUUAUACAGAGUAAUCAAGAUAACGGAAAAAAAAUCAUUAUCUCUGAAAGUAUUUACUUUUUUGAAAUUUGUUUUUUUUUUUUUUUUAAGUACAUUUAAGAAAUAAAUAGUUAUAAAAUGUUAAAAAAAUCAGGAGCUUGGAAACUUGGUUCCCGAAUACUCAGUCAAGCCCCCCUGAAUCAAGUCAUCAUCGAGUAAACACAGUUACUAUACUAAGCCAAUACUGGUGUUAGUCACUCAAAAAUGUUUGGAUUAUUUGCACUCAAGUUAGAGAGUGACUUGUGUAGAAACUUAAAAACAUUGCGAUUUGGUUCAAAUUUUUAAAAUUGUCAAAAAUGUUCGUGAUUACUUAUUUGUUUUAAUUUUUCAAUCAGAUUUUAAAAUACAUACUAUUUCCCGACCUUAUCUCUUAUAAGAUGGUAAUUAUAAUAGUCGUUAUUUCCUUUGGAUUACCCGAAACAAUUUUUAUAGGUUAUAAUAUUACGGUCACGGGUGUAAUAUAAACGUCGCCGCAUCCGUUACCUUAUACUUAAUAUAUUGUGCUAUAUAUAUGCUAUAUAAGUACUGAAAAAUAGAAAAUCCUCUAGAGACAUCAUUCCGUAUAUGACCAUAUAAUACAUAACACAUAAUUCUUAUCUUUUGUUGUACAUAAAAAUUUAAGUAUGUAUGUAAGCCUUAAAAAUAUAUACCUAUUGUAUUUAUACGACCCACAAUAUGGUAGUGGCGUAUUUAGGUCGCGGCUACCAAUAAAUGGCUAAAUAGAGGGCCACAGAAUUUUGAACAUGAAAUUAAAAAAAGAUAAAAAGUACUGAUACUGAGGAUGAGAGCGGCCACUGUUGUAGGUGUGAAGUUGGGAAGGUAAUAGGAUACAUAAGGUUAUUUCAUUUGUAUCUGUAAGCAAAGAUUGGUAUUCGUGAUCCAUUUGUAUUAUGGUUGAUUUCAUUUGUCAUUAAUAGAAAACAGAUUGUUAAAGUUAGAACUUUAUUUCGGAACCUUUAAUUAUUCUAUCUGGUGUUGUACAAGACUCACACUUAGCUCCAAUGCUAUUUAUAUUAUUUUAUUAAUGAUUUAGAUUAUAUAAACUCUCGUAAACUACUGUUUACGGAUGAUAUACAAUUAAUAAUUUUUAAUUUUUUUUCUAUCGAACUAAUAAACAUCAUCUACUAAACCAUUAGUUAUUAAUAUGUACAAAAAAAAUUUAAUCAUAUAUAAAAUAAAAGUUAGGUUGCAUUAAGUAUGACAAAGUUAUCAUAUUAUUAAUUUAAUUAGUAUUCAAAUUAAAUGUUCGAUUCUCGAUUGAUUUUAUCGUAAUGAUAAUGCAGGCACAGAGAAUUUAAUUCUGAUUUGGCUAAUUACUCUGACAACCGUAAAUAAUAAAUAAUACAUGUGUAUUAUUAUAACAAUAAUAUGAUUUUGAUUCUACAAAUUACAAUGUUCUGGUUACAUCCUAUAGGUCAUAAUAUUGCAAUUACGAAUAAAUCUAAUUGUAACACAAAAUGACUAUGAUUUAAAUACAUUGAAACAGAAUAAUUUCCGAGAUUUUAGUAAUAUAUCAGUUAAAGUAUGUAUAAUGAAAAUUCUAGGAAAAUGUGACUAUGUUUUACCACAUAGACGGGGUAAAAAAUGAUUUGGAAAACAUCGAGGAUAAAAACUAGAGACAGGUAGUUUGAGAUAGAGAAAGAUGGAAAAGUGCACUAAUCGUGAAAUAUUUUUAAAAUAGAGAAUAGAAAAUCGAGAGAGAGCCGAGUUUUUUGACAUCUGAACUAUGGGGCCGACAUGAUGAAAUUGUCAAAUUUUAGAUUUUUCAAUGUUUGAAAACAUUACUUAUUUAGGUGUUUUUUUCCUAUUUAAGAGCCACAAAAUAGUUUCCCAUGAGUCAACGUAUAAAUUACGGUCUAAAACGCCUUAAAUUUGUCAGCACGGUCUGCCAAUAUCUGAAACGACGUCGUCAAAAUUUCGAACUGCAACUUGUCAGCCAUUGGACUCAAAUUCAACCACCGAAGGGUGGCUUGUUAUUUAUAUUAUCUCAGUUGCCAUAGAGCACGAUGUCUAUUAACUGAAUCAAAUAAUCCAAAUCCCGUCGAGAAACAGGCUUAACGGUAUAAAAAAAAUAUCUCAAGUGCCCGCGUUUUGAUUUGGCGUCUAUAAGAUAAAAGACAAUCGUAGGCACGAUUGAUGUUACUUAUGAACGUUUUAUGAGAGUUUCAUAUUUCCACAACACAUAACCGAUUCAUCGCACAAUGUAUAUCCAUUAACCUGGUCCCGUUAUCAUAACAUAACCUAUAUGUUACUUUGUUUUUUUUACGUGGAGCUUUGUCAUUCGAAAAUAAAACAAAAGUCCCGUUGGCGUGCCGUAUCAUCGUUUGUAUAUUAUUCAUGUCCCACUCUCGGUUAAUGAGUCGGGGACACGCGAUACCUAUAUAAUACAUCCAUUUCAUUUAUAUUUUAUCCGAAUGUAAUUCACUUGGGAACGCUAGUGGUAAUAUGUAAAAAUAACUUGUAAAAAUUUGUAAAUAAUAAGUACCUGUUACGAAAUAGUUAAGCUUUUUUAAAAAUAUUGUCUUUUACCGUAGCUCUCCUAUAUAGGGAAAUUUAAAUUAUAUACAGUAUGCAACAAUAAACGAAUUCUGAACACAGUAGCCAGAAAUCAAAAAAAAAAAAAAAAAUAACGAAAAAUACAAUUAUUGACCAGAAAUUUAAUUGUUUUAGUAAUUUGUUAUAAAUGUGUUAAUAAUUAUUUCUUUAAUAUCCAGUAUAGAUCAAAUGAGUAAAUUGUAAAUUGCUGUUAUUAGUAAUAUAUUUCAAAAGUCUAAACAUAUUCAUUUGGUUUGGCAACCAAACUUUGGGUUAAAAUGUUGCAGCCCUGUACUUAAUUUUUAAAAGAAUUCAGGCCUUGGCCUGACCUUAACAUAGGAUUUGGUGCCACUGUUUAGGGGUAUAUAAUAGUGGCGAAUCUAAUUUUAGACUAGAUAGGCUAGUAAAAAUAAUUUAAAAAAACUGUUUGAAAUAAAAUAAAUCUAAAAUCAGCGGCGAAAAUCUAAACACUUAAUUCAAAAGUGCCAAAAACAAUCCUCCGAACGCUGCCAACGAAGCUGCAAACAUGUACACGUUGGCCAUGUUUAACGUAUUUUCCAGGAUCGUUACUGCAAAAAAAAAAAAAUACGAUCAAUAUAAGUGGUAUAUUCUAUCAAAAUUGAGGAGAAUGUCUACAGUUUUUAAAUAUGGACAUUUUUACUCGUUUUAGUAAUAAUAAUGUCUUAGGUUUGUUCCAAAACAUGUUCAAACAUCACAGAACUGAUGGCGCACGUGCAGUAGAAUUUUGCCCUUCUAACACCCCAAUUACGCAACCGCAAAUUGUCAUAAGGUAGAAACCUAGAAUGUGUGAACUAAUGCUACCAAGGAUCUAAUAAUUGUUUACAGAAUAAUUUGCUACAAAAUAUAAUAUGCGACGAGUACUUUAAUACUAUGACUAAAAAACAAUAAUAAUAAUAAUCGUUGAAAUAUUGAAACUAAAAGAACUCACUUGCAGACAGUAAUCCUAAACAAGAUGAUAUAGCUCGAACCAAGGCGAUUUGCCCGCGAACGUUGAUAAAUUUCUUUAACGGAAAAACACCCAAACAGAACACCGUGUUUCGCAUUGAUUCGUAAUAUCCUAGAAAACGUUCAGAUAAAAAUACAAGUUCAUAAAUAUAAUAAUUCAUAUUUAUAGUCGUAAAAAUAUUUUUAAAAAAAAACCCUUACCUCGCGUAAAUCCAUAAAGUCCAAAACACGGUAAUAUGUUUACGAAAACGUUAAUAGUUUUAGAACACAAGAGCAACGAUAAGCUGUUGGCAAAUAACACCAAGCACACGUGGUACAUGGGAACGCAUGUUGACGAAGUUUCGUGCAACAAAAAGCCUACUCCUCGACCAACCAACAAACCCAAACAACCCGCGAUAAGAGUAAUCAUUGCUUCUGCGGACGUUUUCUGCCCUACGAUACCUUUACAAAUUACAUAAGAAAACAUAUGCAUCAAUAUGAAUUGUAUUAUAAGAAUAGUAUGCAAAAAUAAUAUUAUUAUCAGUGUCUAAAGAUUAGGCCUUGUCGUUGUAACUAAAACUACAUAUAAUACACCGCAUGCUAUAAGUGCUGGUAUAAAUUGAAACCCAUUAAUUAAUUAAUGCCACUGCUGAAGGACUGUCUGGGUCUUCCAUUCGCAUUUCCACGUCUUAGUAGAUACCCGAUGGACGAUGAGAUUCACUUAACUUUUCAGUAUAGAAAAAAUAAUGCUUCUUCCAGAUAAUAAUUUUCCGUCGUUUCAUUUGUAAGUAGUAAGUUUAUGUAGAUAAAAAAAAUAUUUAAAAAUAGCAUGGUUUUUAUAUUUCAAUGAAACCUUUUAGAUUCUGAGUAUACAGAAGAAUGUACUAAUUUUACAAAGAUGUUUAUUUUUUUUUUUUUAUGUGAAAAACUUUACUAUUAGCGAUUUUACUUCAAUUUAUACUAAUAGUACUUUUUCCGAAAGGAAAUCUGACGGGGAAAGUACUUUAAGAAUGUCAUUUUUCGAUUUUCUCAAGAGUUUUUCCAGCAAAUGUGAAAAUUUGGGAAACAGCAUGAAAAUCCAUAAAUCCGUGAAAAACGUAGAAAAAGCGAGAAAAUCGGUACAAUAUUAAAGAAAUAUUAUUAAAAAAAAAAAAUCCCUAUUUUGUUAUACUACCAUAAUUAUACAUAUAUAUUAUUGACAAUGCAUUACUAUUGCCUCCACACAAGAGGAGUGGUUUAUCAGGAACAAUGGUUUAUCGUUGUUUACAGAUAUACAUUGAAUUCCCUUCUGUAUCCUAUCUUUCCAACUAUAACAAUCUACAACAGUGGCUGCACCCGUUCCCAUUAUUCUAGGACAUCUUUUUUUUUCUGAAAAUUUGACUUUCUUGCGCAUAGCUGUACUAUAAUAUGAUUCGCUACCAAGGCGAAGUUCAGACCCAGAUUCAUGGAAAAAGAGCAUGGGAAUAUUUAUUAUUUUUAACGUGUUUUUGUAUUAUCAGAGUUGUAUAACAAAAAUAUGUCUGCACCAUUUCACUGUGUUUAGUUUUAGGCUGACAAUGUAUGCUUUUUAUUUGUGACCCCCAUAGGUUUUUUCACCCUCAAUACGGUGAUGUCAUGUAAAGUAAAUACAAAUCAAAUUAUAGUUUACCUUUAAUAAAAACAAAUGGUAUUAAAUAUGAACUUUCAACCAGAGCUUCACUCACUGCGAACGCAAGAAAUCUUUUGUGGCGCCAAAUUGACAUGUUAAACAUUGAUUUCAGCACUCGUGUCACGGCAAUUGAGCACAAUCUGAACCGGUUAUGUUUCUCAUCGUUGACAUCGUCAACGGUUAGUACCGAUGUCAGAACCGGGUUCGGAUUCAGUUUGUGCUACACACAGAACAAUCGAAAUAUGUUUUAAAUAUAUUUUCCAUUGUAAACAAAAAUACAUAUUUUUGUAUUUUUUGAACAUUAUUUUUUGUUAACAUCAUAUCAUUAUAAUAGUUAGUUAUAAAUAGAGUUAUCACGAUUAUUUAAGAAAAUACUAGCAAUUAGGGAAAUAUAACACAUUCUUUCGGAAGUAAUAGGAAUUGUUUUUUUCACCAAUUAUUAUUAUUGUUAUUGUUAAUAUUAUUAUUAAUACGGAUAGGUUUUUAUUGCCUAAAGAAAUUUUAUCGUGCAAAAUAUUAGAGUCUAACUAAGGUAACCCAUUAAUAAUAAUAUUCUUAGUGUAUCGGUCUCACUCAGAUGUCUCACUAAUAAUUUGGUAUGGCAAAUUAUUUGGUGAGUUGUCUGAAGGGUUUUUGGCGUCGCCUUCUAGCCGAACGAUUUUGGUCUUUAGAGAAGACAAUUCUCCAUAGAGUAACGAGUUUUCUUGUUUCAGUUCAAUAAUUUAGGAAAAUAUGGUCGACAAAUUAUUACACAAUUCAGAGAAACUGAGAAUCCUGUGACUGAAUUAAUUUCUUAAGAGAAGCGAGGAGAUCAAACCGAUUUUUUCGCAACGAAGUUAUAGCUUUCAUAAUAUCAGCGUUGGAUGUUCCCAACAUUUUGAAGAGAAUACAAAAUUUAAUUUUUAAAAACGUAUGAGUUAUUUCACUACAAUUCUGGAAUGUAAUAUAGGGGAGUUUAGAAAAAAAAGCAGGUGAAAAAAGCAUAUGGAAAAAGUAGAAAAAAAAGCAAGUGGUAAAAAAGUAUUUAUUUUACACAUUAUAAUACGACGUCCUAGGAUAAUAGGAUUGGGUGCACUCACUGUUACAGGUAAUUUAAUGUAUACCUAAAAUUAACGAUCAACCAUUGAUAACGAAAAAAAAGCGGACUCUAAGUGGAGUUUAGUUAAUAGUGAUGUUUUGUCAACAUUAUUAUAUAUUAUAUAUUACAUAUAUAUACAUUAUAUAUUAUGACAUAUUGUGGUAAAAUAAUUAAAUAGGUAUUGUCAAAAUAUGUUUUAUGUACCGAUUUUCCUACUUUUUUCUUAAGUUUUUUUCAGUUUUCUCCAUUUGUUGAGAAAAAAUGUUGGGAAAAUAAAAUAAUGACUUCCUUAGAGUACCUCCGCACUCCAAUUUCCUUUCAAAAAAGGCGCUACACUUAAAAAUCGGAGCAAGAUCUCCGGUAGUAAAGUUGUCCACAGAAAAGAAAAAUACACAUCUUUGUAAAACCAUAAGCUUCUUCGCUCCAUUCGGAAUCUAAAAUAAGUAAUAUUAUUUGUUAGUACUACAUAUUUAAUAGUAUCAUAUAAUUUUAUAUGUCUCCGCACUAUAAUUUUAAUAUCAUUGACUAUAUUAUAAAUUCAAUUAUAAUAUUUUAAACGUUUUUACAACAAUAACUAACGGAAUUUUUUUUUUUGAAUUUAAUACAAUUAUUGUUUUUCUAUACUUAUACUUGAUGUAAUGUACUAUUAUUUCAUAUGACUUAUUAAAUAUAUACUUUUAAAUUUAUAAUGCACAUAUUGGUUUUUAAAAAUAAAUAGUUAUAAAUUAUAAACCAUACUUGUAUAAAACAAAAUUUGUUUUCUCCAGUUGUUCUUAUUUUGAAUCAAACAUGUUUAGAUAAUUUAUUUGUUCCACAAUAUGCUAUGGCCAUAGAUUUAUUUCAUGUUGAUAUAUAUAUACUUUGUACUUGGCACUACAAUAGUAGUCAUUUUUGUUGCAUUCUAUUAUGAACUGCAGAUUUCGAUAACUUGCUCCGAUAAAUAUUUUUGUGAAAACGUUUUUGAAAUAUUCUAAUUGAAUAUGUAAUGGUAUUAAAUUGUAUUAAAAAAUGGUUAAAUAACUAUGAUAUAGUACUAUAUAAUAUGUAGUACUAUUCAAUAAUAUUACUUUUAUAUUAUAAUAUGCCUACCUUAUGUAUUUUAAUAAGUAAAAAAAAUAAAUUGCUUUUUUUCCGUAUGCUCGUUUUUCACUUGCUUAUUUUUCUCAACCCCAACAUGGAUAAUUAAAUAAAAUGUUUUAAACACAUAUUUAAAACACUAUGUAACAUCGAUUUUAAUAUAAAAUUUUUAUCGAACGGCUAUUUGUGAAAAUUACAAAAAUAACUAAACCUGUUUUGUUCUUCCUAAAACUACAGUCGAGAGUAUAAUUUAUCGAUUUAACUAAACCUAACUUAAAUAUCCGGUGAAAAAUCCUCCAAAAAUAAUUAUACUACGAAUUCUGAUGAUAAUAAUAAUAUGAUUUAUAAACCCAUUUUUAUUUUUACAUAUAUUCGUUUUUUAAUUUAAGACACCUUAAUUAUUUAGAAACAUUAUUUAUCUGUAUUGUAAUAAUAAGGUGUGAUGAUAAUUUUAUUGUAAAACGGAACUUCUAUUGCGUCGCUAUACAUAUAUCAGGCAUUUUAUCAAUGUAAAACAUAAUAUUAUUAUAAUAAUGUGUACCGAUUUUAAGUUGGCCGCCAACAACAUGAUGUUACUCUCGAACAGUAUGUCGUGUCGGUACAUCGGUCGACCACCGAUCGUUCGGUCUUUAAAUAUAUUCGUCAAGUUCCGAACGCACGUCCUUCCGAUUAUUUUGUUUUCGUACAGCCAAAUGGCGUUAAGGCCCACAGGCUCAUUGUCGCUGCGAGAACUGCACAACGGCGUUUGCUCCGUUAUCGGCAUGAAUCGUGAUCUGAAAAUGGUAGUUACCAGAAACUGUAAGCAUUGAAGAAAGAAACAAAAACUAACUAGACAAAUUCCAACAUUUUAGAUAAUUAUUAUAUGCUAUUACAUUUUUAAUUAUGCGUACGACAAAAAGAUGUCGUUUUUUUUAAUUAUUAUUAUCUUAAUUACAAAUGUUCAUUGUAAAACAUGUGCUAGAUAAAAAAAAACUUCAAAAUUAAAUAUUCGCCAAUUAAUACGAAAUUUCAUUAAAUAUUCUGAUUGUAAUUGAAAAUUUAAUUUUAAAAUUAAAACAUAAAUUUAAAUUUGAUACAAGUUUCAUGAGGAUAAAAAUAAUAUAAUUUAUUUUUAUCAAUGUAGAACAAAACAAAAAAACUUAGACAACUUCAAAACGGCCAUUAAUAACUAAAAAAAACGAUAGGCUGUUUCUGAAAAUUGCACCUCAAAAAAUUACCUCAAUGCACUUACUGGACAUAAUUUGCUACCAAAAACCACCCCUGAAAUUUAUGACAGGAGCAAGAUUUCUGGUAAAAAUGCAGCUAACAGAUAAACAACAGAAUCUAAAAUAUGUUUUUUACUUUUUAUUGGCGACUGUGCCAACAAAUCCACCAGAUACGUGACGUUGAAAAUUCGCAUGUUCAGACGUUUCGUCACAGAUGAUCAACGGAACGGGCGUGGUGACCAGUAACCAAAUUAUCAGCGUAAAACACAUCGAAACUAUAUGUACAUUGAUGAUAAUUAAUUAAUUUCACAUCGUAAUACAAAUUAUAUAAUUAUAUGCAACUGUUGAACAAUUCAAUUCUGGCAUAUUGUAUGGUUAUACCGACCUAAAUGAAGGUACAUUGACGAUUUCCAGUCGACACGGAUUAUUGAGAAUUCCGUAAUAGGGGGUAUUAUCAGCAUGCCUACUGAACUUCCCAGUUGCAGGCACAAAUGACCGUAUUGACGGUUGACGAGGAACAACGAAGAUAUCAGAACGACGAACGCGGUUUUAAUCAUUCCGAUUCCGAUGCCUAUAAUCGAAGUAUUUUAAAUUCUAAUCUAAACUGUUGAAAUUAAAAAAUAAAAAAUAAAUCCGUAUGGGUGUGCUACUCUUGUAUGUGGGAAGUUAGUAAUUUAGGAUAAUAACAUAUUGUAUAUAGAAUGAUUUAAUUGAUAAUUGUUAGCAAUGAUAUGAAUUGUUGUUAUUUAUCAAUAACUCAGCAUUCAACAUGCUUUCGAACGUUUUCGAGAAACCAAUAAAAUGUGUCUCCAGAAAACUAGAAAAAACCACGAAACACUACGCUUUUUGUGAAUUAUUAUUUCAUAUUAUUAUUAUUUUAUUAUGAUACACGGUUAAUUAAUUUUCGUCAAAAAUUUAUUCUCAUAUCGAAGGAAGGGGUUUCUAUUUGAAAACCAAUAGUAUAUACUCAGGCACAAUGAGUAGGAGUAACUAAUUCAAAAUAGUUUUAAUAUGCAUUUCAAACGUUUCCAUAAUGAUGGAAAAAAAAAUUAAAUUUAUUUAGAAAUUUUCCAAGAAAAUGGUUGAUGCAUUAUAAGUGGAACAUUCUAUAUUUUAUAAUAUUUUGUUAUUUAUCUAUAUUCAUAACUCCUCAUGCUCUUGCAUGGUAAUAAAGGAGCAACGCGUCCGUUACUUUGAGUUGUUAAUUUAUAUAAAAUAGAUAUGGACUGAUAUUAUAUGAUUAUAAGAUGACGUUUAAUAUACGAACAAAGAACAAUCGGUGUAUUUAAAUUAUGUCAUUUUAAACUUAUCAACUAAUUAUUUCUGGAUUUACCUCCGACAACGGCAGCCAAAACAAAAUAUAAUUGUUCGACAGGUAACUUUCUUUCGGAUAAUAACAAUAACGUCGUUAUCCACGUGACGGAUAAUACACUGCCGAAAAAUAAACAAUAUCGAAAACCGUACCGGUUGAUAUACGCACAUGUAAACGGUUCUGUAAACAGAUAGUUAUUGAACAUAGGAGAUUGUAAAAUUAUAAUACAGCCUUUAAAAUAAUAAACAAUACACAAUGCGGCAAUACAUAAUCCUCCGUGGGUUAAAGUUCACUCCCUAAUUCCUUUUUUUUUACUCUUCUCAAAACUUCUGGAAAUAUGUACAUGGCUUGAAAAGAACAACUCCCAUCUCGAUCUCUGUAUAGUACCUAAACUAAUUUUCAUUUAGAACCCGCUAAUCUUUUCUCCGACCACUCUGGGUCUAUUUUUACUUUCCAAAGGUAGAGCUCUAAAAGUUAUUGAUUUUAUCAAGCGUAAUACUAAAUAUUAGUGAUGGACAACGAUAUAAUUUAGGGUACCGAUAUCGUUCCGAUUUUCGCGAUAUUGUAUCGCGGUAUCGUAAUGUAUCCUGAGUUGUAUGAUAUCGAUAUCGUAUCAAAAAUAUAUUAAUACUAAUUCAAAUAUUACUAUUAGGUAUUUUAAAUAUUUUAUUAUUAAAUAAAAAUAAAUACAAAUUUUGAAAAAUAUUAUAUAAUAUUUUAAAUUUUAAAUGAAAACUAUUUUUAUAAAAAAUGGGUUUUCAAAUAUUUAAUGUGUUUAUUUAAUCUUAUAAUCUAAACUAACGAACAUUUAUAUAAUUAUGUCACACGACGUCACACCGAUGACAUAAUUUAAACCGUGAAUCAAAUUAUCCAAUGGUAUUUAUAGGUGCCUUGUUCAAACAUCAAACGUAUUUUAUCAGUGAGAAAAAUGUCAUAUUGAAUACAAAAAUAUAAGCAAACCGAAAAAAAAAGUAUUUUUAAACUAUAAAAAACUACGUAAUACAUAACUUUACGGUUCUAGGUCACUUUGUAUGGUCUGUAAAAAAAAACACGGAACGUGGACACUUUGUACUAUUAUAAACACAAUAUUUAUAAUACAUAUACAUAGCAUAUAUUAUACGUUAUUAAACAUUAUAUACAUUAUGCAAAUAGUAUAUAUAGAAUAAAUAAAAAGCUUAGACUUUUUAUUACGGGAUGUUUGAUACUGAGGAUGGGUUAAUUAUGACCAAUCCAACAGCUUUAUCCAUAUAGUAGGUACCUAUCAAAAAUUAUACAUUUAUAUUACUCUAUGAAUAUCUCAAAAGUGGCUAAAUGUUUUCGAAAAUUUUACCACCUCUAAGAAACGCCAAAAUAAGUGUACAUGCUAAAUUUCAAAUCUUUACGACUGUUUUUUCAACCAAAUAACAACAAAUAAACUUCCAAAAUUAAAAUGUAUAACUCAAAAUUAGCUAACAUUUUACGAAAUGCAACUUUAAAAAUCUCUUAUUAUUUACCAAUUGGAGCAAUAUUUUUGGUAGAAAACGUCGUCCGUAAUUAUUUGACAUAGUAAAAUCGUGAAAUCGUACGUUUUUUCGGCUAAAUCACUAUUCGAGAUGCGUUUCGAAAAUCAAAAAAUUACUUAUUUAAAGUGUCUUUCCACGAAAAUGACGUUUUAGAAAAGUCGCUACAUUUGAUACUUUUGAGCAAGUUUAGUAGGAGAAAACGUGUUCACAGAGUAAAAACUAUAUUUGCCGUUUAUAUGUAGAAUUUUACGUGGAUUUUUAUCAAUAAUAAUUUUCUCAACUUUAAUCAUAUUUCCCCGAUCAAAAUUAACUACCAUCAGUUUCAAAUAAAAAUAUUAUCGUUGUAUGAUAAGAAGUAACAGAGUAUUACUAUCAAUAAUAGUUGGCUCCCUCCAAACUUCCCACUCACGACUCACUCUAUCAACUUUUUUAUGAAACUAUGUAUUCUAUUUAUUUAUUCUGUAUAUACUAUUUAUAUGUGCUAAUUUGUAUUAUGUAUAAAGUAUAAAGUGUCCGCGUUCCUUGGAUUUAACAAUAGACCGUACAAAGUGACCGUUCACCGACUUGACAGAUAACAUUAUAAAUUAUAUAAUAAUAAUUUAACAUUAUCGGCCGACAGAUAUUAUUACUUAAUACUAAUCAUAGCUACAAAUAAUUCCCGAUACAGAAUAUAAUAUCGAUAUCGAAAUUUCGUCACGAUAUCGAUAUCGUAUCGAAUUAUCGAUAUUGUUGCCAAUCACUAUUAAAUAUUUCUCUUUUCCUAACUGUCUUCGGUAUUUAUACUACUCUCUGGUUCGGUCACUGCUCGUGUACGGUAUUGUUAUCUGACACUCAUGUUUUACAAAAUACCAACUAAGGCUGAAGCGAGUGCAAAAUAAAUUCACCCAAACGUGUUACCACAUGUAAGUAUUAUAUUGGUACCUACCGAUUAAAUGCCGGCACAGGCAGAUGAUGGCCAAGUGUUCAAGGGCAAGCAUCGGCCGCGAAACUUGUUCGGUCAUGCCGACCCGGCUGUCAUACAAAAAUAAAGACAAGCACACUCCGUCUAAAAUCAUAGAGGCUAAAAAACCUAACACGCAAGUGCACACCGACCAAAAACCUUCAUCGGGUGGAUACAACACCACGGGCAACCGCACCUUGCCAUUAUCCAAAUGAGGAGGUUGUCCGGUAUCCGGAACAACUUCCGUGUUCGUCAAAUACUUAUGUGCAAACUCGAUGGAAGAGUCCAUCGAGAAUAAUUUAUUGUUGAGACGCAAACUCGUUAAAAUUUACUUGGACAUGCGGCAUGCGAUCGAAAAUACCUAUACUCGUAACGCGAAAAACAACAAUUUAUUGAUUUGACGUUUUGUUGUAAAUUUAGUAUAAUAUUACGCACAAAGGUAGACAAGAUAAACGAAACGCUCGUUUCUAUGGUAUACAAAUAAACCAACUAAAAGAGGGAAAAUAAAUGCUAUCUACAAAAAGCUCGGUGAUUCACAUGGUUAUCCCUGGUUACGGAUAUAGUUUAUUCAGUUGUUCGUUUUAAAAUUAAAAAAAUAGUCCCUAUUUAUAGGAUAAGGGAAUAGAAAUAGUGAUUGUCCCUAAAGGCAUAAAUUGUAUAUAACUUGAAUAAUAAAUGUAAAAAAACAAUAGACAUUAUAAAACUGAUACCGUUCAUAGGUGGGCCAAUUGUGUUACCUGAAUUGAAAAGAUACUAAGGUAUAAUAAGUAUAUAUAGGGUAAUAUAAUAUUUGUAUGCAACGAUAAUUCACUGUAAACGAGAAACAGUAACGAGCAAAGUUCAGAUAAACAUUAAACAUAUUAUGAUAAAUUUAAAUUUAAAAUUAAUUGAAUUAAUAACUUAGUAACAAAGUAAAUUAAAUUGCUCGUAUUUUUAACGAAUUUUAAGAUAUAUUUGAACUUUAAACGCUGAUGAAAAUAAAUUAAAAUAUUUCUAUCAGAAUAAAUUUAAAAAAAUAACUAGAAAAUUUCAAAUAUCGUUAAAAUAUUAACAACGCAAAAACACGACAUGGUAUUUUUGAAAUUUGCACCACGCCUACAAAGUUAUAAUAAAUUAGGUGUUCGAGGAAAUUUCCAAGUCACUUUGAUUAUUUUUAAUCGAAUCACAACUUAAAACAAAAUAUAAAAUAACAGAAACAGUUAUUGCAUAAGUAUUCUCGGGUAUUUUUUUAAGUUAUUUUCGUAUUAGUAAGAAAACUACCAGAAAAAUAAACACGAUCUCCAACUGGAUUAAAUUUGGUACCGUCCAUGAAAUUGAUUUUUGGAGCGAGGCUUUUGGUAGAAAAAAUGUUAACGGCCAGAAAAAAAAGCACAAUAAUAUGUUGGUUUUGAAAAUCGAUAAUUUAAAAUCUAUGUUUCCAUUUUAAAAGGUAAACUUAAAAUUAUCGCUUUAAAAAUCCACUGCGUUUUUUCACUCAAAGUAGUUAAGAUAAUGAGUCAUUUUUUAAAAAAUAUAUAUAUAUUUUACUCGAUAUAUAAAAUACAUAGUUGUCUUGUUCAAAAGUAUCAAAGUCUAAACAUAUUGUACAUUAUCCUGCGAAAAUCGCAAUAGUUUUUUCCCAUUAAAAACUAUAUAUACUUACCUACUUGUCGUCUUUAACAUAUUAUUAUAUUCGCCGACGCUGUGUCAUUUUUUCAUAACACUGUUAUCAUUGUGUUUAAUCGAAAUUAUUGUAUACCAUCGACGUUUUUUUCGUAUUCAUCGCGACUGCAGAAAAUACUCAUCAAAUAUUCAUAUUAUAAAUUAUCAAUCAAAUUCAUAUUCAUAUUAUUAUUAUUUAUUAUUCAUUAUUUAUUUAUUGUUUAUUAAUUAAUAAUUCAUCGAAAGUUUUCAAAGUAAAUUUCCGUUAGUGGUUAUAUUAUUAUUAUUAUUAUUAUUACGAUUAUGAUGAUAGUGUUCUGAACCUUCGAUUGUUUACGUUCAAAAGGACGAUCGAGGAACUGUUGAAAAUAUUAUACAUCAAAGUUUCGAACAUGAUUGAUGGCAUUAGGUAUGCCGCCGCCGCGGUAUCUUUCGGUUCACGCCACGACGUCGUAUUUAAAUUUAAAAUAAUAUAUAUUAUAACCGUGAAUACUAUACUGUCAUUUCCAGAAAGCAGAAUGUUCAUUGCGUUUCAUUGGUCCGUCAUACUCUUAGUGAAUAAAUAAACGCGAAAAACGUGUCGUGUAAUUAAAACGCAAAAGCCUCGAUCAUUUACGAUUUAAACGAUUUACCUAGAUUUACCUUCACUUGUUUUUUACCAAACACAUAAUUCGAACUUAACCGUAAAAAUGUCUUUAUUAUUUUUUUUUAUGCUAACCAUAUUACUCUCUAAGAGUUUUAGCCGUCACUACAAUAUCCGGUCACUUUUCUCUGUCUCGCACAAUUUCUUGCCAAUUAUCUAUACCCAUUAAGUUAAUAUUGUGUUUUAUCCCUCCGUCAAUCCAUCUCUUUCUGGAUCGACCCCGUGUUCGGUCUCCUUGAAGUUUGCAUUCUUCAAAAACUGUCCUAACAGGGACAUUGUUUCCUCUUGUUAGGGUAUGAUCUAACCAUUCGAUUCUUUGAUUUAAUUAGGUACCAGUGCCAUGCUUUGGUUAGUUACCUAACCAAAAUAAUUCUUUAUGUACCAAAAUCUUUUUUCUGUAUAAAUAUAAAACGUGACCUGUCUGCGUCGUCCGCUAAUAAUAUAAUAAUAAUAAUAUUAUUUUUCUAUUUCAGAAAUUACCACAUUCGCUACUUAGCUUAUUUGUAGUAGCAGCAUUCGCCAUAAUUAUCUGCUAUAUACAAAUCCAAACUAUUGAAACAAUAAAAAGCAUAUUUAUAAUAAUAUAAACUUGAAGUUGUUGAAGUGUCUGUGUUUCAGGUCGAAUGACGUGUAAAAACUUCAAUUACCGAAACGUAUUUUCAUUACAAACGCGAAUAUCUACGUAUUCUUCUAUCGGUGUAUUGUAAUGACGAGUUUUUUACCGAUUUAAACUUUAUAGUAUGUUUAACACACAAUAUUUUUUAAAUAUAAUAAUAAUAACUUAUUAUCAUUUUCGAUACGGUUUUAUUGCGGAAAUCGUUAAUAUUAUCGAACAGGUUAGUAAUAAUGCACUUGUACGUAAAUAAAAUUAACAAAUUUUAGUUUAAUUUAACAAUGUUAACAAAACUGCAGUUAACUCUAAUAAUACGAAAAGUAUUUGCCUAUGUUUCCGUUUUGUUUUUACCAACGUGUGUGAAAAUUGAUAACUAAUAUUACACUUAGGUAGGUAUAAUAUUGUCACACGCUAAUUUUGAUUCCAAGGAAAACCGAACCAGUAUGUAUCAAAUUCAUCAAGUGGAAAUCCAAACAUUAAUAUUAUUUAAUUAUAUUCAUAUAAUUUUAUUAAAGAUAUGAGAUAUCACCUUUAGUUAUUAUCGUUAAAUCAUUAAUUUUAAUAAAAACAAUUCAUAAUUAAACUUCACAUUAAAUUAAUUUGUUUGUUUGGUUUUUGCUACAUAUAAUAAUUAAAGUAAACAGAUAUAAAAUAAAAUAUUUUUUAAACGUUCACUAGUAUAAUGAGAGUAUCUACUUAUAUAAUCAAUAAAAAAUUAAUUCUAUACAACUCUAAAAUUAUAGGCAUCUAAAAAAAAAAAAGUUAAAAGUAAAGGGAAGGUAUUCAAAAUGAACCGAUGGGGUUUAAGUUUAAUUUUUUUUUUUCUAAAAUAUCUUCAAUAAUGGCCUCAGAAUACUAUGAAUUAACGUUUUAUAAUCUAUCUACUGAUCCAAUAUCUAAUCUACUACUAAAUAACAAACAAAAAUAGUAAAUAACACAUUCGCUAGAUAUUUGGGGUAGAUAUACGCAGGGAUGGGCGAAAUAUAUUAAAACAAAUUCAUACUACAUACUCAAUAAUAAAUACAUUACCUUCCAGAACUGUAUUACUAUACGAGAUACUAAAUAUAAUUUCGUUUAGGAAACAUAUUUAGUAUGCAUUUUUACACUCCAUAGCCUAUGUAUGUAUUUUUUUAAAUUAAACACGUGUCCGGGAAAACUCAACAGAAUAAAUAUUUUAGUGUUACAAAGAAAAAAAAAAAGUUCUACGAAACCGGAAAGUAAUACGAGUAUACCGCACUAUUAUUAAAAUACACAUUUUCUAAACAAUAACACAUUUUAUUAUUUUUGUGGUUUUUGGAUUUUUGUAAACAUAAUAUAAAAAACAACAAAUGUACCGUAUGCUAUAAUAAAACUCGUGAUAUGUAGUAAUAUUAAUUAAAUCAUAGUAUCGUGUAUUCAAUUUAUUUUAAGUAGGUACGUCUCCGAGAUUCGAGUAUAAUGGUAGGUAUUUUAAAUUAUUAGACACCCACCACCAAAGACUCUUGAGGUUAUAGUGUACUGUAUUAUACAAUGAACUCGUAAAUCGUGAUUCGAUCAAAAGUAUAAACCAUAUAAAGGGGACUCAUUACUGCGGUACAAUUAUUCCAAGACUUACAAAAGGAAUUAAAGUCGUCCGUAUAAACUCACGGAUAAAAAUAUAAUUUUAUCAUGUAUAUCAAUCCUGAGCGAGUUGUUCUAAACUACGCGGAACUCAUUAAAGAUCAGUAGGUUAUCAUAAAAAAAAAAAAAAAUUAAUUAGGAGAGAAAGCAAUUUAAAUUAUUAUUUAUUUAUUUUUUUAAUUUACUAAAUGUCUAACUUUUUCGUUAAAAAAUAAACGGCAAAAAUAAUAACUAUAAGUUAAAACUGACUUCGAAGUUCAACGAUAAACGUAAACAGGGAGAGUUAUACCUUCCUGAGUAAUCCUGAGUCCUACCUUUAAUAUUUUGAUUCAGAUUUCAAUUGUAUGUCUAAAACCUAUUAGUCUCGACCAAAUUCUGUAUUUUCCAAUCCUUUAUACGCCUACGAGAUUAAUAAUAUAUUUUUUCUUUUCGUUGGUUUAAAAACCAUUUCAUUCAGAAAUGUAUAUAUAUUAAUAUAGAAAUUAACAUAUAAAAAAAGAUCGCAUUUGCAGCAUAUUUUAAUUUUAAAUCUAGAUUUUUAACAAAAUACCAACCCAAAAAACCCAAUAUUACCUAUAGUUAAUUUUUCAUUUCAAGAAUUCGGGUUAGAGUAUUUCAGUGUACAAUAAAACUCGAAAAGCUAGACAAUUAUUUCAAAAUUAUCUGAUCGAAAUUAAAUAAUUAAAAAUUAACGGAAUUAUUUUAUUUUUUAAAUUUUGUUCUAUUACUUACUAAUUAUAGUUCACGCACGCCUUUGGUAAGCUUUCGACUAUGAUCGUGUUACUACAUUCAUUUUUCAUUUGUCCAUCGUUCACUCACAUCCGGACAUCCAUCGAAUGUUGAUGGGGUCUACAUGAUGUUCGAUCGCUCGUCGUCAGAACAACCCAUCAUAAUAAAUCAUUAUUUGCAAUUCACGCGUGUUUGUUCGUCAUAAAUAACAUCGCGAUAAAGAUAUCUCGAGCCCGAGUUGUAUUAUACAGUAUAAUAAUAUAAUAGUUAUACAAAUAACAUACUCAUAAUAUUGUUAUUUCUUUAGGUGCACAUUCUAGAGAUACGUAAAUAAUUGAGAUAAAAACGCGACGAUGAUCGAGCGCAACAUUUCCUGUCUAGGAGACCUGUUAGAUCACAAAUUUUGUCAUUGCGACUUAUAAUAGUUACAUGCGAACUCAAUUUGUUAUUAUUAUUAAACUGCCAGUUUUAUAUAGAAAUGCGCGUUUCACGAGAGUAAAAAAUUCGAGUACUUAAUUUUUGUUUUAUGAAAUAUCUUAAUUUGUUUUUUUUUUAUAUUGCACGCGAUAAUUUAUAACACCCAUUAUACUGUUGUAGUUACAGUACGUCUCAAAUGUCCCUUGUCGCUCUAUAAAUAUCUCCGAAGAAAACCGAUUUAUUAUUAUGUAAACGUUGGUUUUUCGGAUAUAGGUAAUCUAUGGAUGAAUUCCAAUUGGGCGACGGAAAUUUAAUAAAAAAUAAUUUUUGAAUUUUAGAAUAGUAGUACCUAUAAAAUGACGGUCUUAGAACACCUUCGUCCGAACCCGAACCGGUGUCUGCUUGAUCGCCCCGAUUCUGAUCUUCCUUUCGGUGCCUGUAUGGUAUACGCAGUGAACAUUGCGAAUGAUGGGUUGGAAAAGAUUUGAAUAUUUUUGUAUACACAGGAGGGUCAGAAUCAGAUACAGGCACAAGUUCAUGAUAAGACAUAUGCGGGAAGAAGUACAGUCACGGGUGUCCUAAAACCGGCUUUUUAUAUAAACUACGGUAAUAAAAACUAUUUUAAUGAACUUUUAAUAAAACAAAAUUAAUAUUUCACACUAAUAUCCGUUAUAGACGAACUAUUUAGAUGUUUUAAUUCACCAGUUAAACUCUUAAAUAUUAUAUAACUUCGAGUUGAUAUUUAGGUACUUAAUUUUUCCAUAAUUUCGGUGCAUAUUAUAUUAUCUUAAACUUGUUGGCUCAGAAUACUUAAUUAUACAAUCCGAAUACCUUAUGCUUAUAGUUUGCGGUAUUAAAUAAACAACUUAUUUGUUUAUUUAACAAAAAUCGUUUUCCUACGGACAAAUUAAAAUAUAAUAAUACGUUUAAGGUAAAAGUUAUUUAGAGUUUAUGUUUAAGUUAUUACGAGCAUAAUUAAUUUUUUGUGGAUUAUGAAAUAUAAUUAUUACACUGUGCAAUCCAUAUAAUAAGUACGCACCACCCGCUCGUCGUCAAAGAAACAACAAAAAUCGACGGAUUUUCCGCGAAAAAAAAAACAAACAAAGAAACAAGGAUAGCUAAAAACACUGUAAAUUUAAUGGAUAUUCCAUGAUAUUUUCCUUUCAAAUUUUCGCUUAUAGGCGGAAAAUAGUGAAUUUUAAAGACACGCGUUUGAAAUUAAUUAAUUGGGCAUGUUGAACAGAGUUUAUUUGGACAUUUAUAUAUCUAUUUUUGUUUUUCAAAUGAGUAUUUUAAUAUUCUCUUCAAAACGUGUUAAAAUUUCAUAUAAUAUAAUAUGCAUUUGUAUACGUUACACAAAAGAAAACAGCAAAACGGUUUUUAAUGAUGUUUAUUGUGGAAAACAAUAAAAUUACUCGGAAACAUAAUACCUUGUACAAAAAGUAUACAGGCAUUGAAUGCGGUAUACGCCCUUUUAACAUAUCGGUGUUGAUUUAAAAAGGGCACCUGGAUAUAUUUUAGUCCGUAUUACCAACUUAAAUUUCCUGUAUAUAAAUACGCCCUUUUACCAGUCUAUACUUCUAAUUUUUCUGAUUUUUUCGAUACCAAUAUCGUAUUUUUCGGUUUUCAUUGGUAUGCACCCUUUUAAAAAAACACCAUCAACAUACUUGAUUUGAUUAUAACGAAAAAAAUCACAAGGGCCAUAUCAUUAUGCUAUAGACUCUUGAUGAAAAUCACAAACAUAGUUUACAAUUGAUAUUUAUUUAUGUAUAUGAGUAAAUAUAAACAUAAUUGUAACACCAGUCAAACGAAAUAUAAGAAUACACGUUUAAAAAAAAUAUUAUAUGAUAAUAUGUAAACACAUGUAAAUACACCAAACCCAACUUUUUAAACACGCCCGUUUAAUAAAUUUCAAACGUGUACCAAUAAAAUUUGCUAUAGGCCAGUCCCAUAAUGCUGUUAAAAUAUGCGAGGGAAAAGUUUUUGAAGAUGAAAAAUCCGUUUACUUUAUAGUUUGUUUCGUUUUCGUUGGUUUUUUUUUUUUUUUUUGGCGGGAUUUUAUCCGGAAUUUUAACGAUACCGUCCUGAUUAAAUUAAAAUAUUAAGUUACGUUUGAGACGUUGUAAAUCGUUUUAAAUAUUUAUUUACGUGCGAAUAAUAUUAAACGUGUCAUAGAUUAAUUAAAACAAUAUUUAACUCUAAUUAUCAUUUUAUAUUACAGUCUUUUCUCGGAAGACUUUUAUUUUAUAAAAGGUAUCCUAAAUAUUUAAUCCUCUCACUCGCUUCGCAUUCGCCUGCCGUCAUAUUACUUGACCGUCCCAUUAUGACUUUGCUCAAUAUCAAACUAAAUGGUUUAUUUUCAGUUACUGAGUUUUUUAAAUUGACUGGUAACGAUUUCGAUAUUACGACUCGUAGGUAUCGAUGAAAUAAAUUGUAAUCGACUGAACGAUAUUCAUGUAGGUACGUGUUUUAAUGAAAAUGUGCAUACAAAUCAUAAUUGUCCGUAUGCAUUUGUUUUCGCCGUUUUGAUCAUAAAAUUCCAUUAUAAUCAAUAUCGAGUUUUAAUAUUUAAACGGAGGAAAGGGGAGAAAAAAAACGGUUUAUAAUGACAAUUAAAAGCAUUAGAUCGCGAGUGAAAUAAUAAUAAAAACAAGGUUUAAAGUAAAAGACAUGAUUGAUUGUUCAAUUAUUCGUCAGGCCUUCGAUUCGAUAAUCGCUAUUUUUACCGAUUGGUCAGUUCUAAAUUUUACUUAAUAUUAUUCCGCUAUUAAUUGAAACCGCAAGAGGUAAUUUUUUUUUCUCUUGAUCCAUAAAUUACGUACGAGCUAAACUGAUUUGGUUUUCUUUUACAACUAUUGUCAAAUCAUUUAACGAUCGUAUUUUUAGUAUAUUUUUACAUUUUACUGUUGUUCCGUACACAAUAAACACAUUGCUAUUAUUAUCGUUAUAGCAUUUUUUUUUUUUUUUUUUUUUUAGAAAAAUGUCGAUUUACGAAACACCAAAUUAUUGAAUUUACUGUUAUUUACUGUUUGUUAAAAUGUCCGUUUCCGGCGAUGGAUCGUAAUAAAAAAAAAAAAAAAAAACCGUGGUUUUAGGUUUAAAACCGUAACGAAGUCUAAUGAAAUACGAAGAAAAUAAUCACGGUCAAUUAUUUAUUAAUAUUAUGGGAAACCGGCUGCACCCCUUGAUUGAGACUAUGUUGAAAAAGUAAAAAACAAAAACUAAAUAGAACUGUGUACCCCCUUUUAGAACGAAUUAAUACUAACUCCUUAGGCCAUUUACAUGGCCGCACGCGAUAAUAUAUAAUAACGUUACGGACAUAGGUAUUAUUAAAAAAAAAAAAAAAGCGUAUACAUUGUACGCACUGAAUUACAAAUUGUAUUUUUUUUUCUUUUUAUCGCGUGUUUACGAUAGUAUAAUACAAAAAGAAAAACUGACGUAUACGAUUUUUAGUUCGUCUAUUAUCCUAUGGCGGGGUACGGGAGUUUCGUUAAUUUUCGUAAAAUUACGUAUUAUAAAAUCACGUGUAGCUAAUCACGUUUUAAUACGCUAAAUACGAGCAAAAUCUUCUUUUUGGUCGCAUGAAGUUUUAAUAAUUUUUUACGGGCGGCAAACGAACACAAUUAUGUUUAACAUUAAGUAGUCUACGACGUCAUUCGAAAAAUGUAAUAUUUUGAGGUUUUGUUUGACUUAAAUUCAUAAAGUAUUAUACUGUAAUACACUUUUCAUAUAGGCUAGGUUAAUAAUUCAUUUUUUUUUUUUUUUGUACGUUAAUUUGAACAAGUCCUUGUAAAAAAAAAUAAACUUAUUCGGUAUUCGUGCGCAUUAUUAUAACGAUGGCAUAACCAAUUACUUUACGUGCAUCUUACAUUUCAUGUUGUUUUGUUGUAGAAAAAAAUCGUUCAGUGACAUUAUUUUUCAUACGUUAACUAUUUUAUAGAUUAUAACAAUAUGUUGUGCGGACAGUAUAAAAAAAAAAAAUUAUAAUUUUAAAAAUUUACAUAAUAUACGAACAUAAAUUUAAGUACGGCGACGCAUUUUGCGUAUUGAUAUGGUCGAUACGGACACCUUUUUAAUAGGACGUGAUACCCAGACGUGAUGUUUCUAUUAACGGGAAAACUUUAUGCUUUUAUUUUUAAUAUUAGAGUGAUUUAGCUGAUACUGUCUGAAAUGGCUCGGUUUUAUCGAACGUAAAGGCAAGACCGUUAUCUAUAAGCGUAGAUGUUUUUCGAUUUACGAUUUUUAUGUGAGAUUUACGCAUUUUUAAAUGCGCAUAGUUACCGUACUCGUAUCCCGCUUGAAAAUGAAAAUAUCGAGAAACCUCCGCAGAUAAUAUACUCAAUUUUAGAUUUAAUAAUAGGUCAAUUCGCUGUUAUGUUAAAACUGACAGCACAAAAUUACCCUAGCUAAACGAUAAUUUGCUUUGUCGUACAUUCGUAAGACGGAGACAACGCGUACGGGUAUCAGUCCUCUUGAGCAUUAAUUUACGGCGACCAUUCCUCAUUUUUAAACGUGUUCGAAUAUUAGUACUCCCUAUAAAUAUAUGAAAAGCGUCCCACGCAUAAUACCGUGCGAUAUCCUCAUAGGUUGUCCGUUUUACAAACAUACGACAUAGCAUAUUCGCUUACAACGUUGUGCCGUUAGUUUUGAUAUAAUUCACAAAGUCACCUAUUAUCAAACUUAAGGAUUGAGGACAUUGUCUGUACAGCGUUCUCUUUUUUUUUUUUAGUUUUUUCAGUCUCCCGACUGUUACUGCCUUCCUACAACUCUCCCCCAUUCUUUCCCGUCUUCUAUUUUCCAUUUAACAUCUACAUAUUUUAGUAGGCCCAGUUCUCCACGUGUCCGUGAUAUAAAAUUUGUUCUGGGUCUUCCUCUUCUUUGUUUUACUGGUAUAAUUCCUUCAAGAACUACUUGUAUAGGACUGUUAUGUCUAAAAGUACGUCCUUGCGUAGCCAUUGUAAUUUUCUCGUUUUUAUGGCAUGUAUCAUUAUCCUUUGUUCAUUUACUUGUUGCAGUACUUGAUCAUUGCAUUAGUGCCACGUUAUCGUUUUUUUUUUUUUUUCGAUAUAUUAAUAAUGUCGAUAAUAGAUACGAGUACGUGAAAUGUCAUAAUUUUUAAAACGCAUUUAAUAUCCCGCUUGAAAAUUGAAAUAUCGAAAAAAAUAGCACCUACAAUAGCAACGGUGCAAACAGCAUUUUUACCUCUAAGUUUGAUAACAGGACAAUUCGAUUUAAUCAUAAACUAACAAAAUUGUCCCUGUUUAACGCAAAUUUGCUAUGUGAAACGGAUACAAUACAUCAUGCUCGUACACGUUCUCUUAAAUGUAUCUAUGUUAGUAUCUAUUUUCAGAAAAUACAAUUUAAAAUAAUAUACGUUCCUGACACACAAGAUUAUUUUUAAGAUUGACCUCCUCCUUGUAUAAAUUGAAAUUAUAUUUCCGAAAUUCGUGCACUAUUAAUCCCGAUUCACACUUGUACGCCACGACGAACGAAAAUGUCGUCCGGUUCAUAUACUUAGAGUACCCGGCAACGAGAUAGACGCACUAUGUUAUAAUAAACCGAUAUUAUUUUGAUUACAAUGCUCGUUUCGAUCAGUCGGAUUUUCGUACCUAUUUUAACCCGUUUCCGGCACGGCAACGCGAAUUAGUUAUAGAGCCAAAAUCUUACCACAUUUAUUUUUCCCUAUUACUUAAAAAAUAGUUGAGUACUCAUUUUGAAUUUCGUCGUUAAGGACCCACGUAACAUAUAUUAGUUUAGGAAUCCGUUUUGCUACAUAGUGACCUGCAAAUAUAUAUAUUUCAAUUAAAUCGAUUUCGACGGAUAUCGUCUGACUCGUGUCGAUCGUGUCGUGCCAUUUCCGUACAAGUAUGAAUCGGACUUUAUUAUGCGAAAACGGUACGGAUCAGAGAUCUAUUACAUUAUAAUACAUUUUUAGAACUGCUUGUUUCUUAAAUUGCCAAAAAAAAAAAAAAAGAAAAAAAAAUUCCGAGAUAAUGCGUGUUACAUCUGGCUUCACAUUUGGAAAACGGUCGGGUUAAAGGGCCGGGGAAACAACUCGAACGAUGUCGCCGUAACGUGCGUGUACAUAAUUUGAUUGUAUACGCCGCGUGUACAAAUGUAUACAUUAUACAAAAUAUUCAUAGGGCGGAACGAAUAACGCAAUAAUGUAAUUUACUAAUAGUGUGCGCCGACCGAUGUCGUUUAGCCGUCGUCGGCAUUAAACGUUUUUGUAAAUAUUAGAAUAUUGUACCACUUAACAAUGCCAAUGUCAUAGUAUUAAUAAUAUAAUUAACCGAGAGGAUCAACGUUUUCCGAAAAAAAAAAAAAAAAACGGUACGAUUCGGAAACGUUGACGUGGUAAAACGUUUCCCGAAAAAUGUAUGGAAAAAUAAAAUACGGAACAAGUUGUGGAUAGUAGUAUAUUUUUUUUCAAACUAUUUUCUAUUUUUUACCUUUUUUUUAAAUUUCAUACAACUUAUUGUUUUUUUUUUUUUUUUUUUUUUUUUUUUUAUCAUGACCUGAAAAAACAGCUUUUUUUUUCUUGUUUUUACCGGGAAUUUUCUGUAAUUUAGAUCCGUGAGCACGACCAUCCGCAGAGUGUAAAUUCGACCUCGACGGAAUUCGGCCAAUUUUAUUCUGUAACCGGGUCCCCGUAUGCUUCUAACAAUCUCGUUGGAAUAAAACCCCUGAGACGAUGAUGGGUUUUUGAUUUCGUUGUGAAAACGGUUAAUGGGUACACUUCUGGUCAAAAGUGAGAUUCGAUUUUCGGCGUCUCGACGAACACCGAAUCGCCAAUCGCCGAGUGACAUUUUCGCUAACGGUCCGGAGUCAUAGCAAAACGAUCACCUGUCCCAUCACUUUUAUUAACAAGACCGCAACGAUAGUCGGUUUUUCUUUUAAUGGUCUGUUUUCCGAUAAAACGUAUCACGUGAUAGGUCGGACAUUUUUAAUAACUCCGUUACCGAUCUGACCUAUGUGUGUAGGGUAGGGAAGGGAUUAGUGAGAAAAUGUGAUUAUGACGACGUGCGUUUUCACCGUUACGGUAGAAAAAAGUUUUUAUUUUUCUUAAAAUACUAUUUUCAGUUUUCUUACGGACAGUGAGUUCAAUGAUAAAUUAAUAAAUAUGUUUCUAUGUAGAAAACCUUUUAUGCGCAAUAUUUUGAUUUAAAUAAUACUCUUGUUACGCGUUCAAAACACAACUGUAUUGAAACGCUUCGUAAUAAUAUAUUGAAUACUUAUUAUUGUAAUUUCAAAAUUUCGUGGUUUCUUUUUUUUUUUUGAGGAAAUCGUUUUGCGUUUGAAUUUUUGUUUUUGUUUUUUUUUUUUUUAAUGCAUUUUUGAUGAAUUACAAUUUGCAAACCAACCGUUUCAAUGAUAUUUACCGCGUGUUUGAAAUGCGUAUAUAUACGUCACGUUUUCGUCGUUAUCUUUUCGAAAUCUUUUCACGUCGACUUUAUACUAUCGUAAAAAGUGUUUUGACUAUGUAUAGUAAUGUCGACGUUCGUCCGGUUCACGCUAGGGCAACAUAUCCCAGUUAAAUGACCGCUGACAAGAGUCGUCAGUUUAUUUUCUGAAAACAGACUUCAAAGUUUUUAACGUCUACGUAAUAUGCCAUCCAUUUAAUUUAUAAUACAAAUCCAAUGCUGUAAAAAUAUUUGAAAAGUACGUUGUGACAAAGCGUCUAAACAAACGGAACGAUAAUUGCUCGGACGUUACUCGGAAGUGAAACCACCAAUAAUAAAGAAAUGGAUUGAUCACGUCUGUAUAAUAUAUCAGUGGGAUGUGGCGUAGUUUUUUUUUUAUCGUUACUAUUUAUUUAUUUCGAGUCACAGGAUACUAUUUGACGUUAUAUUCUUUUUGCUUCGUCGGCUGGGCGGUUUUUCUAAAUACGCGAAUUUAGCUAUGUUUUUAUAUUUAAAAAUACCAACUGGAACCUACCUAGAUCAAUACGAAUCGAUUCGAAUUUAUUUAGGCAUGUAAAAAUUACCCGAUAAACUAGACGUCGUUAAGAAGAAGAAAAAAAUUACACCACCAUAAAAAGUUUGAUUCUGACCGUGUGAUAAGCUAAAAUUAAUUUCUUUAUCCUUUAUACCUGACACAGUUUGUUCGUACUGAUAAACCCGUCGAAAUCUGUCGCUGUUAAUAGAUACCUUUUUUUUUUUUUUUUUAGAAAAUCUAAAAAUAUUUAGCGAUUUUCGAAUAACAAGCAGCACGUUUAUUAUGUUCAACAAUUUCUACUUGUUCUACUUGCUCUAUAACAUGUGGACAGAGUUUUAAUUUACCUGCAGAAAUUUAAACAGCCAAUGCCGUAAACUAACCUCUUGUCGCGAUGUUGAUUUCAGGUGACCGUCGUAUGUUCGGUGGAUAGAAGGCGCACCGAAACAUGUCCGAAUGCGGUUACGGUAGCAGCGAAGAGACCGCUUCGCUGCUGGUCAAGAGCUCGCCGCCGGUCGCCCGGUCUACGGCCGUCACCGUCGUCUCUUCGGACUCGCCCGUUAUCAGCAGCGGCGACGAAGGGGGCAGUGGUAUCGGUGGCGCCGGUAGCGGCGGAGGAGUUAGCACCGGUGGCGGUGCAGGAGUAAACUCCGGUGGCGGCGGCGGCGAUGGCGGAGGAGGAGGAGGAGGAGGAGGAGGUGGCGGAGGAGUAGGAGGAGGAGGAGGAGGUUUGUCGUCCGGCGGAAAACCCGUGUUGACUAGACAGGACUGCACCACUUCGCUGAUCCCGCACAACCACCGGGACCUGCGGAACGCCAUGCCGACGCUCGGCAGCAGUGACGACAGCGGACCGCCGCCGUGCAACGACGGGGGCGCGGCGGCCCGGUCGGUACCGGACAUCGAGCUGCACUGCCGGUAUCUGGCCGUGAACCGGUGUCAGUGUCAGCGGCGCAAGAGCCACUGUAUAUCGCGGUCGGUGUCCCGGGAGAGCGUGCACGGCCGGAACAACGCUACCGGCAGCGCGCUGGCCGUCGGCAACACGGGCGGCGUCAGCGGCCCCGGGUGCUACGGUUACGGAUACCCGUACGGCGUCCCCGGCGGCGGCGCGGGCGGCUCGGGAUCCGGUUGCGUCGGCGGCGGCGUCUCGUCCGCGUACGGCCUGUCGCCGCCACCGCCCGUGCUGCUAACCACGUCCCCGAGCUCCCGGAUCAUCAGACAGAGCUCGCAGCCCGAGGCCACCGGGAGCGUGUCAAUGAUGUGUUCCGGCCACUGUUGUCACAUGCAUCACCAGCCCAGCUCGUCACUGCGGCAGCUCAGGGACCCGGCCGACAACAUAGCCAUGAUCGCGGCCGACUCCCUGCGGAUUAACGGCGCGAUCAGACAAUUCCGACAGGUUGUACAACAAACCUAUUUUUAUUCUUUUUUCCCCUACAUAUUCACCACUGUCGUAAUACAAUAUUAUUAUGUUCCCUCGAAACGACCCCGUGGUUCGUAUAUUCGAUAA